AUGUCUUAUAGGGGACGAGGUAGAAGCGGCCAAAACAAUGGCGGUCAGGGUGGUAUGCAGGUAGAUGGCUCUAAUAAUUCACCGUCUCUGGUUGCUCUUGAUUUCCAGAAUUGGCAGGGAGGCACGCAGUCCGAUCUGAUCAGCUUCAUCAAACGCAAGUCCCGGAUCACUUUACAGAACCCGCGAGUCAACGGACCCGUUUUGACUGCAUUCGUACCAGAGCGCGACGUUAGCAUUGUCACAAAGCUGAACGGUAUCAGAUUUGCCGGGCAGGCUCUGCAAAUCAGUGCACAGUCGUCAGCAUCUACCACUAACGCUACGAUCCAAACAGUAGAUGUUUUGACAGGCUUUUUGAACUCUCGUUAUAAUGCCUCGGCGCAGCUAUUGAAUCUCUCGAAUAUGGGCCAGGACCCAGUACUUCUCGAGCGCGGAAUGCUCGCUAACCCCACCACAGCGACCAAAAUGUUUAUGGCCCUUAUGAAAAUGGCCAAAGACAAUCUCCCGGGCGUACGCAGUGUGUCUCUGGAAACUAACCAGCUCACUGAUAUCAGUAGCGUCCAGUCGCUCUCCACAUCUUUCCCCAACCUGGAGAAUCUUUCUUUGGCUAACAAUAUGCUUCCUAAUUUUCAGGCACUUUUGCCCUGGCGUAAUAGGUUCCCCAAGCUCCGAGAGCUGGUUAUCCAGGGCAAUCCGUUGCUAAAUGACCCGAACUCUCAGCGUGAGAUUGUGAGUAUGUUCCCUCGACUAGUUAUGCUCGACGGUGUUACUGUUCGUAACGAGGCCGACUUGCCGAGAGAUGCUCUACCCAUGCCGGUUCUUCCGACAUUUUUUGAAACCCCAGAGAUCCAAAAUCUAUCUCAAUCAUUUUUGGCAGAAUUUUUAAGGUGCUGGGAUACAGACAGAUCGCAAUUAUUGGGGUUAUACGACGACGCCAGCAUGUUCAGCAUGUGCUACAACACCAACACACCGAAACUGCCAAGCCACCAGCCUACCAACCGGCGGGGACCUAAUCCCAAUACGCCCUACACAUCUACGAGUCGCAAUCUGGCGUUUUCAAACACGCCUGCGACGCGAAAUCAACGCUUGGCAAUUGGUCGUAACGCCAUUUUGACAGUUUUCCAGAAGCUGCCAGCUACAAAACACGAUCUGAGCCAGGCCCACAAGUUUGCCAUAGAUGGCAUCGCCCUUAACGGCGUUCGUUCUCCUCAGGACAGUGCAAUCUCCGUCUCAAUCCACGGCGAGAUGCUCGAUGUGACCUCCAACCUCACCCGGAGCUUUGACCGCACCCUCGUGAUUUUGCCGUCCCCCGUUGGUGGCUCAUUUGUUAUUGCCAGCGACAUGUUAACUAUUCGUUCGGCAGCUGGCUCGGACGCAUUCACAAGUCCUCGGGCUGGCCAGAGCGCCAACGUCACUCCGCACGUCACCCCCGCGACCACUCCAACCCCCGCGCCAACGGGAGCCACCCCGGACCCAUCAACUGCAGAAACCCUGGUGCAUCAACUAAUGGCCCAGACCGGCCUUACACUAAAGUACGCACAGGAAUGUCUCCAGCAAGCCAACUUUGAUCUGGGCUUGGCCCUUAAUUUGUUCCAACAAUCACGGUCGCAGCUGCCACCGGACGCAUUUGCACAAUAG